CCUCGCACGUCUCGCGGUGUUUGUAUCCACGAGCGGGCGCGAACCGGGACGUGUUUCUGGCGGGCGGCGUCUCGUCUUCUUGUUGCGGGCUCGUCUCCUAUUCCCGGGACCUCCGGGCCCAGCAGCAUGACGUCUGCCUUGGAGAACUACAUCAACCGAACUGUUGCUGUUAUCACUUCUGAUGGGAGAAUGAUUGUGGGAACACUAAAAGGGUUUGACCAGACCAUUAAUUUGAUUUUGGAUGAAAGCCACGAGAGGGUGUUCAGUUCUUCGCAAGGAGUAGAACAAGUUGUAUUAGGAUUAUACAUUGUGAGAGGUGACAACGUAGCGGUCAUUGGAGAAAUUGACGAGGAGACAGACUCUGCGCUCGACUUGGGGAACAUCCGAGCAGAACCUCUGAACUCCGUCGCACACUGAAGACUUAGAGUGCUUCGGUGUCUGUAAAUCCUGUAUAGAAACUGCUUGUCCUGAAGAUGACGUUGAGAUUUUUUUUAUGACUGUGUAAUUGUGGAUUUUGACUUUGUGUUGGUUCAUUGUAAUAUGUAAAUUUAAAUAUUUCUACAUUUUUAUUGGGAAACAUUGCCUAAAUUAAUAAAUGUGGUUGCCUGGUUUAUUUUUCUACUAAAUGAUAUAAAACUCUAAGGAUCAUUUUGAAAACUUAGCAAAUACCAUUGCUUUUGGUAAUUUAAUAUUUAUGGAAAAUUGGCUGUAAAAAGAACUUGGGCUAUUAUUAUAACUUAUACAUGCAAAUAAUAGUAAUAAAAGAGACACAUUUCUUACCGUGUUUUUUUUUUUUUUAAGAAAAUA